GGGAGGAAGAGAGAAACACAAACACGUUGAGGGAGACGGAGCAAGGUACGGACCAGAGGAGAACAUUCACACCACAGCGGUAAACUGCUCGGCGCGAGGACUCUGUCGCGGGGCGUCCGUCGCCUCCCAGCAUGUUCCCAGCCCCCGGUUCUUCUCUCCGGUACACGAGCCAGUCGUCGCGGCGUCUCCACGGACUCUAAAGCCCAGAUGCUCACCCUCUCCGCCGACAUGGACGAGUCUUCGUCUCUGCUGGAUCUGCUGGAGUGUUCGGUGUGCCUGGAGCGCCUGGACACCACGGCCAAGGUGCUGCCGUGCCAGCACACCUUCUGCCGCCGCUGCCUGGAAAACAUUCUGAGCUCCAGGAACGAGCUCCGCUGCCCGGAGUGCCGCAUCCUGGUGGACUGCAGGGUGGACGACCUGCCAGCGAAUAUCCUCCUAGUUCGCCUGCUGGACGGUAUUAAGCAGCGGCCGCAGCAGCGAGGCAACGGAGGAGUAGGAGCGAGGCUGUCCCUGGCCGGGGGCUCGCUGCAGGGGUACGCAGUCGGGAUAUGCGCUUCUCCCCCGGGCAGUGCGAUCAGAGAGCUGCCUGUAGCCGUCAGGAGCUCCGCUGUUAAGAGUAUCCCAGCGCUGCCCUGCGGUAAAGCCCUUUACUCGUACGAAGGAAAGGAACCAGGCGAUCUCCAAUUCUCCAAGGGUGACAUCAUCAUCCUGCGACGCAAGGUGGAUGACAACUGGUACCAUGGCGAGCUCAACAGUUGCCAUGGUUUCUUGCCCGCUAGUUACAUCCAGUUGCUGCGUCCCCUGAGCCAAACUCCACCCCAGGGCAAAGCACUGUAUGACUUUGAGGUCAAAGAUAAAGACCAGGAUAAAGACUGUCUGGCCUUCAGCAAGGAUGAGGUACUGACAGUAAUCAGGCGAGUGGACGAGAACUGGGCAGAAGGCAUGCUGGGAGACAAGAUUGGCAUCUUCCCCAUUCUCUAUGUGGAGUUAAAUGAAACAGCCAAGCAGUUGAUGGAAAUCGACAAGCCCACGUUGACUAACGGUCCAGGUCCCAGCUCAGAGCCAGCCCCGUUGGGUCCCUGCUCUCCUGGUCCCUCCCCCAGCGCCUCGCCGUCCAAUGGAAAUGGAAAUGGCCACCGGAGAAGCGAAGGGAAGAAGAACGCCAAGAAGAGGCAUUCGUUCUCCGCGCUGUCAGUCAACCAGAGGGCCGCCCAACUCAACAACAGACACAGCAUGGAGAUCUCCCACCCUGUCCUCAUCAGCUCUUCUGACCCCCGAGCUGCUGCACGCAUACAGGAUGCAUCUCACCCGGGUCCCUCUCCCUCCUUGGCAGGGGUACUGGUGCCCCCCAAAGUGGCAUCCAUAACCUCUGAGCUGCUGGCCCACGCUAAGGUGCAGCUGCCACUCAACAUAUAUCUGGCUUUAUACGCCUACAAGCCCCAGAAGGCAGACGAGCUUGAACUUAGGAAAGGGGAGAUGUAUCGGGUGACAGAGAAGUGCCAAGACGGGUGGUUCAAAGGCACCUCGCUGAGAACCGCUGCCUCCGGUGUCUUCCCGGGAAAUUACGUCACCCCCGUGUCCAGGGCUCCGUUUGGAGUUGGAUCUUCUCGGUCGUCUGUAUCCAGUCCAGUGGGUGGAGGAGGAGGAGGAGGAGGAGGAGGUAGCGUGUGCAGUAGAAACUCUGCCCCUUCGUCCCCAGGCUCCCCGGGGCCCUCUUCUUCGCGUCCCUCCACCCCACUAGUAAACUCUGUUGCCAGUCCCGCCUCCUCUCCACAAACUGCCGCCGCCCAGCUGAAGAACUGCCUGCGCUCCAGCCAGCACACAGCCAACCAGGCCCGCACCUCAAUGCAGCUGGUCCACAGUCCACCAGCUGGCAGCCCGGAGCGUCCCACAGUGGCUCUCUCCCCGCUGCGUCCUCAGAGCUCCUCCCCCUCGCGCUGCCCCGGCCAAUCGGGUCGUCCUCACUCCAUGGUGUCUCCGGGACCCUCCCCUCUCUCUUCGCCCGCCUCGAGGCCCCUCCUCCCGCUCUCCUCCCCUCUGUCCUGCCUCACGCCUCCCAACGUGUCAGCGGUGCUCCUCAACGGCGACCCAGCCAAUCCCCUCCAGCCGCCAUCGCCGGGCCCCUCCCACGCACCCAAAGCAGAGAAGAAGGAGAGGAAAGCUGGAGGUUUAUUAAAACUGUUGUCGGGGGCGGCAGCCAAGAAGAAAUCCCGUUCACCCCCCUCCUCCCCGCCCACCCACGACCCCUCAUUGGCCGGCCACGACCCUGUGCACCACCCCCACCACCACCACCACCACGCCCGCUCAGGUUCUUGUCCCAUGGUGGCCCAGGGGCGCGCCGGCUCCUGUCCUAUCGAGAGUGAGAUGGCGGGGGCCAUUGGGCUGGAGCCUCUGCACAGGAAGUCGGGUUCCCUGGACACCAAUUUCCCCAUGUCGCCCCCGGCAACACGCGCCAUCAACGCCCUGAUGGUCCUCCGGCCUGAACCCAAACCCCUGUCCAGAGAGAGGUUUCGUGUGGUGGUCCCCUACCCCCCCCAGAGCGAGGCAGAGAUCGAGCUGCGGGAGGGAGACGUGGUGUUUGUCCACAAGAAGAGGGAGGACGGCUGGUUCAAAGGAACCCUGCAGAGGACAGGGAAGACCGGCCUGUUCCCCAGCAGCUUCGUAGAGAGCUUCUGAACGGGAGGAGGUGGACGGACAGACACUGUUCCUGUUUCUGAGUCGAGAACACACACACACACACACACACACACACACACACACACACACACACACACACACACACACA